UUAAUUCAACAUUUUCAACUACGCCAGGUAAUACAGUGUCAACAGCGACAAGAGGAACAACAACAACAACAACAUCAAAAACAACAAAAGCCACGACGACGACGACGACGACCACGAAAAACACAUCGACAAAUAAAGCAAGCAAUAGAAGAACAAAACAAACGAGAAGAUCAAAAGAUACAAAAACAACGGCAACUUCGGCAACAACGACAACAAAAACGACUCCUACGGGAAAAACAACAACGAGCCCGAGAACAAGAACGAGAAAAUUCAGUAAAAAAUGAACAGGAACAGCAACGGCUUCGGCUUCUGCAUCAGCAAAGAGUACAAGAAGAACUACUACGACAAAAACAACGAGUCCUACGGAUUCAACAACAACGAGACCAAGAACAACGCGGAGAAAAAGAAGUAAGCCAAGUAAAAAUUGAGCAGCAACAGCAACAGCAACAGAUUCAGCUUCUACAUCAGCAAAGAGUACAAAAAGAACAAAACGAAGAAGAACAAAAACAAAUACAAAAUGAACGGCAACAGCAACAGCAACGGCUUCAGCGUCUACAUCAGCAAAGAAUACAAGAAGAACAACUACGACUAAAACAACGACUCCUACUUGAACAACAACAACUAGACCAACAUAAACGAAACCAACAACAACAACAACAACAACAACAACAAAUAAAAUGUGAACAGCAACAGCAACGGCAACAGAUUGAGCUUCUACAUCGUCAAAGAAAACAACAACAACAACAACGACUCCUACUUGAACAACGAGCCCUAGAACAACGACAACAACUAUCACGGUUGAAACGUCAGCAACAGCAAGCGCAACAACAACAGGUUCAGCUAAUAAAUGUGCAAAGAAAACAACAACAACAACAACAACAA